GAGCUCAGGUGAGGAAGUGAAGCACUGAGACGACUAGCAAAAAACAAGAAGCAGUAGAAGAGGGAAGUUCCUCUUUCCAACCCGCACGCAAAGAGAGAUACAAAGUCAUUUUUACACAGUUGAGCGUCGCUUACUACCCGUUAACCUUGUUUUUGCAGUUGCCCCAUCAUGGAACACCAGAAAGCACAGCGUUGGACAGAAUACAGUCCUGUGAUUUCAGUCGCGCCCAACGACACGCGCCGUCUUCUGGAAGUCUACGUUAAACGCAGCCUCAGCCUCAACGACGAGUCACUGGGAAUCAAGCGGUCCGAGCGAAAACUCAAGUGGGUGACCAUCCCUAAGAGGCACAGGAGACAUUCCAGUGACCCCUCCAUUCACCUGGCCAAGGGCUUGGAUGACACAGAGUUCAAGUCACCCGCUCCUGCUGAACUUCCCCCAGAGAUACCACCGGACGACAAGGUGAGCAAGAAGUCCAAGAAGAACAAAAAGCCCUCCUUGUGGAAGAACUUCCUGGGUCUGUUCUCGCGGCGGGGCAGUGAAGAAAAGGACGAGGAGCAGGAAUGUCCACCCGAUAUUCCGGAGGGGUCGGAAGACGACUCAGAUCAAACCGCCGCGUGCCUGCCUGCCCCGACGCCGACCCCCUCACCAAAGAAGCCAUCAAGAAGAUUGACUUUGAAGAGAAGGUUCUCCAAGAGACGUCUGUCUCUUAUUAAGAUCAAUAAGCGGGAGGAGUUGAAUCCACCAGAUAUCACUGUAGUAGAAGCUGUGGUGAGUGUGGAACCGACCAUCUCCUACUAUGAGAAAGUGUCCGAGGAACUGGAGAAGAUUCUUCAUGAGGUUAAGGAAAAGGAAGAGGUGGUGGCCAUGUCGGAUGAGGAAGUCAUCAACCGGAUCAUUGCUUUGACAAAGGAGCAGGGAGACGCAAUCGAUGACAAGAUUAAAGACAAUUCCACCCUGAGUAACUUCUUCAAGGGGAUGUCAUACACGUCUUUCCAGAAGCUGGCUGACGCCUACCUAGAGAAGGAGGCGCCGCCAACCCCGCCCGCCGUGCUGCCAACGGCCCCUGAGUUGGUCAAGUUGGCCUUCACGUUGGACUUCACAGCUCGAAUCGCAGGCCUCUCUCGCCAAAACGUUGGGCACAUCACCGGCCUGGGCAACCGCUACCUGCAAGACCGAUUUGAGUACAAACAAGCAUGUUCAGAGCAUCCCUGAUAAGGGAGAGGCAGUUGUGUGGGUGAAAACAUUUCCGCAAGUGGCAUUAAAAUGAGGACACGAUUUAAGAUUUCCAGUUCGACUCAUUCAUGUUAAUUAUGCUGCAAGAGCAUAAUCUGCUGACGCAGAGACUUUGGAGAGAUUCCUAAGUGAACUACACCUUCAACUUCAGCUGCUUCUGUUCGGGAUGGAUUCACACUACAGGGUUCUCAUCAUACAAUUCAGAUUUGGUUUUUUUGUACCACAAUUGGAACGUGUGGUCUAUGUGGCUCUUAAUUUAAUGAAUGGGGAAUAAGAGAACGUUUAAACCAGGAGCAUUAAGUGAUGUUUCACUGCCACUGACAGUGAUCCCUGCCAGCCCCUCAGUCGAAUUGGAUUGGACGUCUAUCGUAGUCAAUGGCAGCCAAUUAGUUAACACUUAAAACCAGAUACAAUUAAAGAAAACUUGGACCUGAUUACGAUCUUCUUUUUAACAAAUGAAAGUGAAGAAUUUGAAGUUGGCCCUUGUUCCAUUGAUUUUUCUGAAAGCAGCCUUUGGGAAAAAAAGUGUGGACACCCUUUGGUCUAAGAGAAUUCAUUAAUUUUAACACUGCAGGUUCACGUAACGUAAUUAUUUAUGUUAAUUUUUUAUUGUUUACAUCCAUGUUGAUUCAUGUGUUGCUUUUCAAAUGAUAACUGAGCAGCGGUGGGUUUUUUCAUGUCGUUGUAAAGACAGCCUGAGAGCAUGCCUUUCCUGAAAUGAACAUUGAAACACUAAAGUAGAAACUAAGUUUCAGUCACAUCACUGACGCACGUUUUGGUUUCCCUUACAGAGCUGUUAUAACUGUGAAAAUAACAGAACUGUUUAAUCACAUGUUUUGUGUAUUACGUACUCACGGUUGUCCCAGCAUUUCAUUUUAAUUCAGGUUAGAAUCUGAAAUCAUGGAAAAUACUAACAAACCAAAUGUACUGAUUUCAGUGAAAACUAGUCUUGUGAUAUGUUGGUUUUGUUGUGAAACAACCUUGUGCAAUAUUGUUUAUAAUACCACAACUCAGAACGUUUUUGUAUUUAUUAUAAGCUCAAAUAGAAUGUGACAUAUUUUU